AUGGUUAAAGAUUCCAAAUUCUACGAUUUAUUAGGAGUCUCAGCUACUGCUUCAGAGACUGAAUUAAAGAAAGCUUAUAGAAAAGCAGCAUUAAAAUAUCAUCCAGAUAAAAAUCCAUCACCAGAAGCCGCUGAAAAAUUCAAAGAUAUUUCAAGAGCUUAUGAAGUAUUAUCGGAUGAUCAAAAGAGAGAUAUCUAUGAUCAAUAUGGUGAAGAAGGUUUGAGUGGAGCUGGUGGCCCAGGAGGAAUGGGUGGUAUGGGAGCUGAAGAUAUCUUUAGUCAAUUCUUCGGAGGUGGAUUCGGUGGUAUGGGAGGUCAACAAAGAGGACCAGCCAAAGGUAAAGAUAUCAAACAUUCAAUCAGUUGUACAUUAGAAGAAUUAUACAAAGGUAGAAAUGCCAAAUUAGCUUUAAAUAAAACCAUAUUAUGUAAAACUUGUGAAGGUAGAGGUGGUAAAGAAGGUAAAAUUAAACAAUGUUCAUCAUGUCAUGGUCAAGGUAUGAAAUUUGUAACAAGACAAAUGGGUCCCAUGAUUCAAAGAUUCCAAACUGUUUGUGAUGUCUGUCAAGGUACCGGUGACAUCUGUGAUGCUAAAGAUAGAUGUACCACUUGUAAAGGUAAAAAGACCCAAAGUGAAAGAAAAAUUUUACAAGUUUCAAUCGAUCCUGGUAUGAAAGAUGGUCAAAGAAUUGUUUUCAGUGGUGAAGGUGAUCAAGAACCUAAUGUUACUCCUGGUGAUGUUAUUUUCGUUGUUGAUGAAAAACCUCAUGAAAAAUUCACUAGAAAAGGUAAUGAUUUAUACUACGAAGCAGAAAUUGAUUUAUUAACUGCUUUAGCUGGUGGAGAUGUUGGUUUCCCUUCUGUAUCUGGUGAUUUUGUUCAAUUCUCCAUCUUACCUGGUGAAGUCAUUGCUCCAGGUACUACUAAAGUUAUUGAAAAUCAAGGUAUGCCAAUCUAUAGACAUGGUGGUAGAGGUAAUUUAUUCAUCAAAUUCAAUGUUAAAUUCCCAAAGAAUAAUUUCACAGACGAAGAAACUUUGAAAAAAUUAGAAGAUAUCUUACCUCCAAGAAAUAAACUCGUUGUACCAAAAGGUGCUGAAGUUGAUGAAUGUGAUUUAGUUGAUGUCGAUCCUUACAAACACCAAAGUGCCGGUAGACGUGAUGCUUAUGAUUCUGAAGAAGAAGAUGGUCAAGGUGGUCCAGGUGUUCAAUGUCAAUCUCAAUAG